GGCAAUUGUCUUUAUUCAUUUUAUCCCAAAUGGGGUGAUUGACGCCAAAGACUGUUAAACAUAUUUUCUGCUGACGCUUCUCUUAAUGAAGUAAGAGAAGAAGUAUAUAGGAAGACUUUUGGCCACCAGAGAUAUCUCUGAGUUAUAGAAACGAAAGUCUGUGCUCUCAAUUCAUUUCUGGGAUCAUCAGUCAGGUUUUGGUCAACCAUGAAUAUGAAUCAGGCUUCCGAGUAUGUGGAAACUGAUCCGACUGGCCGCUACGGACGUUUUGCAGAGAUUCUUGGAAGGGGAGCGAUGAAGACAGUGUACAAAGCAAUCGACGAGAAGCUUGGAAUAGAAGUAGCAUGGAGCCAGGUAAAGCUGAAAGAGGUUCUGCGUUCAUCUGUUGAUCUACAGAGGCUUUACUCCGAAGUUCAUCUCCUCAGCACUCUCAACCACAAAUCCAUCAUUCGUUUCUACACUUCCUGGAUCGAUGUUCACAACCAUACUCUCAACUUUAUCACCGAGUUGUUCACUUCUGGGACCCUCCGACAAUACAAAAAUAAGUACUUGCGGAUAGAUAUCCGGGCAAUCAAGUCCUGGGCUCGGCAGAUCUUGGAAGGGCUUGUUUAUCUCCAUGGGCACGACCCUCCUGUUAUACAUAGAGACCUUAAGUGUGAUAAUAUCUUUGUUAAUGGGCAUCUUGGACAAGUCAAAAUUGGCGAUCUUGGGCUUGCAAGAAUGCUGCGGGAUUGCCACUCUGCUCAUAGUGUCAUCGGCACUCCGGAGUUCAUGGCUCCAGAACUAUAUGAGGAGAACUAUAAUGAACUCAUUGACGUAUAUUCCUUUGGUAUGUGCUUUUUGGAGAUGAUCACCUCUGAGUUUCCGUAUAAUGAGUGCAACAAUCCAGCGCAGAUUUACAAGAAAGUUGUUGCGGGAAAGCUACCAGGAGCCUUUUACAGAGUUGGAGACAUCGAGGCACAGAGGUUUAUUGGAAAAUGUCUCGUGUCUGCCUCAAAGAGAGUAUCAGCAAAAGAACUAUUGCAAGAUCCAUUUCUUGCCUCUGAUGAGUCCUGGAUGGUAUACGCAAGUGGUGCUGGGAAUCCAAAGCCCUUCUUGAACGAGAAUGAAAUGGACUCGCUGAAGUUGGAAGAUGAUGAUGAGUUAAGGACACAGAUGUCCAUCGCUGGGAAGCUAGGCGCUGAAGAUAACAAAAUCGAUCUGGAAGUACAAAUCGCAUAUGAUAAUGGCCUGGCAAAUAAUGUGUUCUUUCCCUUUGACAUCAUGAAUGAUACUUCCAUUGAUGUUGCAAAGGAGAUGGUAAAAGAACUCGAGAUCAUAGAUUGGGAGCCAGUCGAGAUUGCUAAAAUGAUUGAUGGAACGAUUUCUUCUUUGGUGCCUGGUUGGAGCUAUGAGGAAGAUGAUGAAACCUCUCAUGAUCAUCAUCGUCAUCGCACCGAGCCUUUCGACUCUUCUUCCUCGCACUCGCCAUCCUCCCAAGCUUCACUCUCUAACUAUAUGGCACGAGGCCUUCAAGAUUGGGUACAAGAUGAUUUACACGAUGAGACGUAUUCUCAGAGUUCUUCCCAUUCAGGGUCUUAUUCCAACCUCAACUACAUAGCUGUUGAUGAGCACAGCUCCCAGUCUCCUGCUAUGAGCAGAACUCACAACUUGACGAGGUUUUGCCCAGAAGAAAGCUCUCAUCUACAGUCAGGACAAGCCAACGUGUAUGCAGCUUCCAGCUCAACUAACAGAAGAUUGGCUUCAGACAACCGCACACUUACAAGGAACCGAUCAUUUGUAGACGUGCAGAGACAGUUACUACACCGGUCGCCAGGGGAAGAGGCUAGAAAGAAAAGAUUGUUCAAAACUGUUGGAGACGUAGAAACAGUUGGGUUUCAGUCACCUUAUGCGGUUUCACGGAAGCCACCGAGCUCAAGGCGCUAAGCUUCUCCUGUAUUUUAAUUACUGUAAAUCUAUUCAUGUAAUAUCUAAGACUGUGAGAAACAAGUUUGCUGGUUCAAAAAUGUAAAAAGUACAUUGUGAUUUAAUAAAGUUUGUGCAGAGGCUGCGUUUUGGUUACA